CACCUCCUUGCUUAAUGAGAAGCAAAUAAAAACAUUAUCUUCUAACUUUCUUUUAAUAAAUGUUGAUUCGGGAGAAGCCAAAAGCUUAAGCAAGCAACAGUCUGUCUUCAUUGACCGAUCUGUCUUCUACUCCUUCCCACAAACUCUCAAAGCUCUGAAUCUGAUUUCUGUCGCAAAUAUGAAAUCAGGGCUGCUUUUCAACCAGAAAUACAGCAUAAUUUUGCUGAAACUCUCGAUCUCUCUUCUUCUUUUCAUCUUCUUCUACCUCUUCUUCUUCACCAAAUCCUCCAUUUUCUUCCCUUUCUCUGAACCCUCUUCCAACUUACACAAACCUCAUCAUUCUUCAUCAGGCGAUGAGAAAUGCGACAUUUUUACUGGGAAAUGGAUAGCGGACCCAUCAGGACCAGCUUACAGCCACGUGAGCUGCCCUUUCAUUGAGCCGCCUCAGAACUGCAUCAAAAAUGGAAGGCCUGAUACUGCUUUUCUUUACUGGAGGUGGAAGCCAGAUGGUUGCCAUAUUUCUUCCUUAGAUCCGUUGAGGUUUCUGAAAGCCAUGCGAAAUAAAUCAUGGGCGUUUAUUGGUGAUUCUAUACUCCGCAAUCAAGUUCGUUCUUUGAUCUGUCUUCUUCAUAAGGAAGAUGAACCUAUUGAAGUCUACCAUGAUGAACAAUACAAGUCCAUGAAAUGGUUGUUCGCCAACUACAACUUCACCCUUUCACUCAUAUGGUCUCCUCUACUCAUGAAAGCUGAGAUCUUCGAGGAUGAUGAUGGAGUGUCAAAAUCAGACAUGCAGCUUCAUCUUGACACCAUUGAUACCCAGUGGUCUAACAAAUACAAUAACUUUGAUUAUAUUCUAAUUUCAGGAGGUCAGUGGUUCCUCAAAACUGCAAUCUACUGGGAGAAAAAUAACAUCAUAGGCUGCCAUUACUGCCCAGAAAAGAACUUAACAGAGCUUCCUUUAAACUAUUCUUACCAAAAAGUUCUCAGCUUGAUCUUUAACUUCGUCUUAUCUUCAAACCAUAAGCCCAUUGUCAUAUAUAGGACAUGGGCACCAAGCCAUUUUGAGUACAGGGAAUGGUCUAAUGGUGGAAUUUGUAAUAGAACAGAGCCAUUUAAUGGUGGGUUGAUCCAUGAAGAAGAUGUGGAUCUACUGAUGAGAAGUAUUGAGAUAGAAGAAUUUUUAAGAGCUAUGAUGAAAAAUACUAAUAAUUUAAAGCUAUUGGAUACUUAUAAUCUCUCAGCACGACGGCCUGAUGGGCAUCCUGGACCUUACAGAAAAUUUCACUCUUUUGGGACUAUGGUGCAGAAUGAUUGCCUUCAUUGGUGCUUGCCAGGGCCCAUAGAUUCUUGGAACUUUUUGCUGAUGGAUAUGAUUUUGAGAAACUGAAACGAAAAUAAAACAUUGGACAAAAUAGCAAAAAUGACCACAUAUUUAUCUUAAUGCAUUGUGCAAGGUGAGCCUAAAGCCCAUUGCAGUUUAGAAUCUUGGGUUUAAGAAUACCAAAUUGUAAUU